CCCCCCCCCCUUCCUCUUCUCUUGCUCUUCUGCUUUCCCUCUGAUCCAUUCAUCAUCGGAGGGGUUGGGAUUGGCACCGUCUGCCUGCUCAGGAACUUUCUGACAGAGCCAAAAACCAAAAAAAGAGCUCCCGCCCGGCUUUUCCUUCUGGCAGCAGCGGCAGCAGAGAGCGGGCUCAGGCUGCGAGGAUCAGGAGAGGGAUGGUGUGAUUCUGUAGAGAGACGCCGAGGAAAGAGAGAGGAUAGAGGGAGACGCUCCGGCAGCAUCACCGAAACUCCCCCUCCCUCCCUCUCCGCCACCCCUCUCCCAGACCCCCUUCUGUCUGUCUGGCUCACCCCGAUAACACUCUCCUUCAGACAAGACAGGCGGUUCGGGGGCAGCUCGGAAACAUGUCACAGACUCGGAGGAGCACAUACAGCCGGACCACCAGCAGCGGCAGCAGCAGGAUGAGCUCGGACGGAGGCGGGCGGCCCGUCAAAGUGGGCUCCCUGGUGGAGGUGAUCGGGAAGGGUCAGCGCGGCACGGUGGCCUACAUCGGCAACACGCUCUUCGCCUCCGGAAAAUGGGUGGGCGUCAUCCUGGACGAGGCCAAGGGCAAGAACGACGGCACCGUGCAGGGCAAGCGCUACUUCACCUGCGAGGAGAAUCGCGGGAUAUUUGUGAGACAGUCGCAGAUCCAGCUGGUUGAUGAUGGGGCAGACACGACGUCUCCAGAGACACCUGAGCCCGGCACUGGCAAGGUCCCAAAACGUGAGAUCCUGGAGACGCCCAAGUCCACUAAACUGCGAGGAGUGAAGCCCAAAAAGACUCCUGCACCCCGGAAGACCACGGCCCGAAGGCCCAAGCAGCCCAGCCGACCUGGAGGCCCCGGCGGGAAGGGGGCUGCGUCCGGCUCGGCCUCGGCCUCUGCUGGGGAGAUGAGCAGCAGCGAGCCCAGCACACCGGCCCAGACCCCUCUGGCCGCCCCGAUCAUCCCCACCCUACACUCCCCUGGAAACCCUCCGGCCCCCGUCCCCAGCAAGGAGGACGUCACUAUGGAAACACAGGAGGAGGAGGCGCUUCGUGGUCAAGUGAAGGACCUGGAGGAGAAGCUGGAGACGCUGAAGAUGAAGCGAACGGAGGACAAGGCAAAGCUGAAGGAGCUGGAGAAGCACAAGAUCCAGCUGGAGCAGCUGCAGGAGUGGAAGACCAAGAUGCAGGAGCAGCAGGCCGAGCUGCAGAAGCAACUCAAAGAGGCCAAGAGGGAGGCUAAAGAAGCCCUGGAGGCGAAGGAGCAUUACAUGGAGGAGAUGUCGGACACAGCGGAUGCGAUCGAGAUGGCCACGCUGGAUAAGGAGAUGGCUGAGGAGAGGGCCGAGUCUCUGCAGCUGGAGGUCGACUCCCUCAAGGAGAAAGUGGAUGAGCUCACCAUGGACCUGGAGAUCCUCAAGCACGAGAUUGAGGAGAAAGGUUCGGAUGGCGCUGCCUCCAGUUAUCACGUGAAACAGCUGGAAGAGCAGAACGGCAGACUGAAGGAAGCACUGGUCAGGAUGCGCGACCUGUCGGCAUCCGAGAAGCAGGAACACGUGAAGUUGCAGAAGCAGAUGGAGAAGAAGAACGUGGAGCUGGACACUCUGAGGAGCCAGAAAGAAAAACUGCAGGAAGAGAUGACGGCUGCAGAAAAGACCAUCGACGAGCUGAAAGAACAGGUGGAUGCGGCCUUGGGGGCGGAGGAGAUGGUGGAGAUGCUGACGGAGAGAAACCUGGACCUGGAGGAGAAAGUCCGGGAGCUGAGAGAGACGGUCUCUGACCUGGAAGCUAUAAAUGAGAUGAACGACGAGCUGCAGGAGAACGCCAGAGAGACGGAGUUGGAGCUGAGGGAGCUGUUGGAUCUGGGUGCUGCGAAAAGCCGAGAGGCUGAGAAACGCGUUGAAGCUGCGCAGGAGACUGUAGCUGAUUACCAGCAGACCAUCCAGAAAUACCGCGAGCUCACAGCUCACCUGCAGGAGGUGAACAAAGAGCUGACCAGUCAGCAGGAAGCCUCAGCAGAGCUGCAGCAGCAGCCGCCAGCGGAGAUGUUCGAUUUCAAGAUUAAGUUUGCAGAGACGAAGGCCUACGCCAAGGCCAUUGAGAUGGAGCUGAGGAAGAUGGAGGUGGGCCAGGCCAACAGACACGUUUCUCUUCUGACCUCCUUCAUGCCCGAGUCCUUCCUUCGUCACGGUGGAGACCACGACUGCAUCCUGGUGCUGCUGCUCAUCCCCAGGCUCAUCUGCAAGGCCGAGCUGAUCAGCAAACAGGCCCAGGAGAAGUUUGACCUGAAUGAGAACUGUGUGGAGCGAGCGGGGCUGAAGGGAGCCGCCGGGGAGCAGCUGAGCUUCGCUGGCGGAUUGGUGUACUCGCUCAAUCUGCUGCAGGCCACGCUACACAAAUAUGAGCAGGCUCUGGGUCAGUGCAGUGUUGAUGUCUAUAAGAAGAUCGGCUCUCUGUACCCGGAGAUGAGCGUCCAUGAACGUUCUCUGGAUUUCCUCAUCGACCUGCUGCACAAAGACCAGCUGGACGAGACAGUCAACGUGGAGCCGCUCACCAAGGCCAUUAAAUACUAUCAGCAACUGUACAGCAUCCACCUGGCAGACCAGAAUGAGGACUGCACCAUGCAGCUGGCUGAUCACAUCAGAUUUACCCAGAGUGCCUUGGACUGCAUGGCGGUGGAGGUCGGUCGUCUGCGGGCGUUCCUGCACACGGGUCAGGAGAAGUCCGACCUCGCCGUGCUGCUGAAGGACCUGGAGACGUCCUGCAGCGACAUCCGACAGUUCUGCAAGAAGAUUCGCCGCAGGAUGCCAGGAACCGACGCGCCGGGCAUCCCAGCGGCGCUUAACUUCGGACAACAGGUGUCAGACACCCUCUCAGACUGCAGGAAACACCUGACCUGGGUGGUGGCGGUGCUGCAGGAGGUGGCAGCAGCUGGAGCUCAGAUGAUGUCGCCUCUCGGUGAACAGGAGGGGCUGUCGGCCCUCAAACUGGAGGAUGUGGCGUUCAAGGCAGGAGAGCAGAUUUAUGGAUCCCAGGGCGCCAACCCCUACGAGUAUCUGCGGCAGUCCUGUGGCAUCGUCAUAGCAACCAUGAACAAGAUGGCCACCGCAAUGCAGGAGGGAGAAUAUGACUCAGAGAAACCUCAAAACAAGAACCCGCCUCCCGUGGAUGUGCGAGCGGCGGCUCUUCGAGCUGAAAUCACUGAUGCUGAAGGUCUCGGCAUGAAGCUGGAGGACAGAGAGACGGUCAUCAAAGAGCUGAAGAAGUCUCUCAAGAUCAAGGGAGAGGAGCUGAGCGAGGCGAACGUCCGUCUCAGUCUGCUGGAGAAGAAGCUGGACAGUUCAUCCAAAGACGCAGACGAACGCGUCGAGAAGAUUCAGACUCGACUGGACGAAGCUCAGACUCUGCUGAAGAAGAAAGAGAAGGAGUUUGAGGAGACGAUGGACGCUCUGCAGGCCGACAUCGACCAGCUGGAGUCAGAGAAGGCCGAGCUGAAGCAGCGAAUCAACAGCCAAUCGAAGAUGACCAUCGACGGGCUGAGAGGAACCGGCCCGUCGGGAAUCGCUUCCAUCGUCACAGGAAUAGCAGGAGAGGAACAGAAAGCGAACAUGAUGUCCGGUGUCGGUUCCGGUUCGGGUGUCCAGGUGAUCGACUCUCCUCUGCUGACUCAGCAGAUUGAAGCUCAGAGACUCUGCAUCAAACACCUGAAGAACGAGAACAACAGACUGAAGGCUGAGAAGAUGCGCGCUCAGCUCGCCUCUCUGCCUCCUCUUCACGUGACCAAACUUCCCUCCAGAGACGGAGGGCGUCCCGAAGUGCUCUCUAGCGCCCUCUACCGCAAGACCGACCAGCUGCUGGAGACUCUGCUGCAAAUGAGUGCCAACGUUAAGGUGGUGGACAUCACUGGGAAAUCUCCAGUGACACCUAGUGCUCAGCUCCUGGAACAGACGGCUAGAUUACAAUCUCUGAGCGACACUCUGGGCAGACUGAAGGAUGAAGUAGCGGAGCACGUCGUCAACCAGCAACCUGGAGCUCGAGUCUCGUCUGAUUUUGCGACGUUCCCUUCAACCUCGUUUGUCAAAGCGAAGGAGGAGAAGCAGGGCGACUCGGUGCUGGUGGGUCGGGUCAUGGUGCCGUGUGCCCGCGGUCAGGAGCAGGUCCACCGCCUCGUCCUGUCUCAGUUUCAGCUGCAGAGAGUUCACAGUCUGCUGCGGACCUAAAACUUCACCCGCCCUGCGAUCCUGCCUGCUGCACCAACACAACAACACCCUCCAUCAUCAGCUUGGCAGCCUGGUUUCCACUCCAGGGCCAAAACCAGGAUGUUCACAUCACUAGUGGUGAGAUCACAACCUGCAGGAGAUGAGCUUUAUCUUUGAGAAACAGGUUGGAGACCAGUCUCAUCUCAAGAUCACAGGUUCUGAUCCUUGAGUUUUGGACUUUUGUCGAACAAAACAAAACAAAUCUAAAGAUGUCACUUCAUUUUGGUAAAUUAUGAUGUAUCAUUUUCUAAAAUUUGAUCAAAAACGAUGAAUUACUUGUACAAUUGUUCAUUUCUAAACAUUUUAAAGCAAAAUCCAUCAUAUCCAGCAUCGUAUUUAUUUAGUGCGUACCACUAAAGUGACACUACAACUAUCAAACCUCCACAGUAACAGAAGUGUCCACCGUCAGGCGUUCGACUGACUUUUCAACCCAACCUGGUUUUCGAUGAGACUGCUGAGCUCUCGACUACAAACCCUGCGUACUGUAACGUCUACGUUGUGUUUUAAGGCCAGAAAAAGAAGUAGAGAUACUUGCAACUGCACCGCUGCAUGCUGCCCGGAUACACUGAAUUAUUUUGUUGCGUAGAGUAUUUAUGAAGCUGCUCUUUGGCCCUGGUGUGGAACCUGCACACAAUGUGGUUUAUAUUAGGCCAGAACAUUGGAUGUUGCUCCAUGUUUCUCUGUUACACUAUUGGCGCUACUGUUAUUGUUACACAGAAGAAGAAGGAUCAUGGCUGUGUUGUACAUUUUAAUCAGGUGUCACUGUUGUGUGCUCCAUUUUUUUAAUAACGUAACCGUCUAAAGGGAAAGAAGGAUUAUGUGAUUUAGAAAUUACACUGAAAAAAAAAAAUAAAAUAGGUUUUGUCCAUUUAAAGUACAGUGGGCAUUUUACUGUGGUUUCAUCAAUGAGAAUUUUUUGCACAUAUAAGGAGUCCUGAGUGACAGGAGGAACCACGGAGGAGAACUAAAUCCUUCACAGUUGCUUGACUUGGCUGUAAGAAUGUGAGGAGGAUUUUGUGUUUGUGCUCUGUGGUUCGAUUGAAACCCUGUGGACUGCACAGAACCAGAAAAGCUGAUUAACCUCAAGGGAUUUACUGUGUAAAACUGGGAUACAAUUCUUUGGCUUUUGCUGAUUUUUUUUUUUUUUUCAUGUUUAUUUAAAAACACAGAAGAAACAUUAUAUGCUUUUAAAUUAUUUAGUAUUUAUUACACUCGUGGUGUAAAUUCCUGUAAAGUCGUUACCGUCUACUUUUACAUGCUGUUGGUAUAAAUGACACACCGGUUGUAUUGGUAAAGUUAUUGAACUACAAAAAGAAACGACUGUAUUACCUUUUGUUCUGCUCAGAUUCCUGAUGUUGUUUCAGACUUUGUCCGAGCCUUAAACCUGCAGAGAGCCUUGUGGUAAAGAGCGAUCACCUGCCUUAUUUUUCUUUAGACCAAACCUCGUUUAAAGCAAAACUACAUCUUUGCCAAAGAAUCUUCGCUUCUCUUCACCACGUUUGCCAAUGGCUGAUUUAGAAAAAAAAAAGGCUUUUAGUUUAUUAAUCCAUGCUAAUUAUUUUAUUUAAUGAUUUGUUAGACUGUUUAUGUUUACACAGUAUUGUCAUAACUUGAAGUUUUAUGAUUUAUUUAAUUAACUGGGCAUAGUGCAUCUACUUAACUGUAGUUAAAAGGGGGAGAAUGCAGACAUUUGUUAUUUAUUGAUUGUGUUAUUUAUGUUCUCAGUGAGCAGCUGAUGUACUGAAAUCUGCAGCUUGUCUAAACUUGUCUUACCUUUUCCUCGUGUGGCUUCCUGCUCUUGCACAACCGAUUACUGAUCAAUAAAGUCAUUAAAGCCA